AUGCCGCUCAAAGACAUUCUGCACCGACAUCGCGAGUCCAUCGAUCCACCGGCAUCUCCACAGGAAAUCAGAUUCAUUCGCACCGAUACCCACAGCCAGGAACUGCUCAGCCCUGCCGUCGCCGACGACGAGCAAGAACCGCAGACGCCUCUGCGCAGGUCCUUCUUUCGCAGGCGCUCGCAUGCAUCGUCUGCUGACGCACAGUCACCGCGAGACGAGAAGGGCGAGAGCCGCCACUUCAAUUUCUUCCAUCACCACCGAUCACAUUCACGAAGCAGCAGUCCAAGCUCGGCCAACAUCCCGUCAGACCUGCCGCAGAUCGAGGAUGGCCGCGGCGGCGACGAGCAGGACAGACAGGCUCAAUGGGAGAAUCGCGCCACGAGGCUGGUGCAGGGUAAUCCACGACUAGGCGCUUCGCCAGAUCGGACCAGGCCGAGUACCAAGGCAAUCCGUCUCCAUGAAAGUGGAGAACUCGAGAAAUCAACCCAUCUCUUUGGCGUUCUCGCAGAUCCCGAAGGCGCCAACAACGCCCUGGCCCAGGUCCUCUUCGGACUCGCAUUACGACACGGCUGGGGCUGCGAGCCAGAUCUUUCCAAAGCCGUCAUCUAUCUUGCCGCAGCAGCAUCAAACUCGGCCAUGAUCGAGGAAGAGGCUCUCCACGCAGGCAUGAAGAAAGGCGGAGCUGCCAAAGGGGAACUCGUACUAGCCAUAUACGAGCUUGCGAAUUGCUUUCGGAACGGAUGGGGUACCGAAAAGGACCCUGUUGCCGCGAGGCAGUACUACGAGACAGCUGCCAAUUUGGGAGAUACGGAUGCAAUGAAUGAAUGCGCAUGGUGUUAUUUGGAGGGAUUCGGAGGGAAGAAAGAUAAGGUAACCAGCCAUCAGCGCUUGUACAGAGUUGCUUUUCAUUUACUAACGCUUUCCUCCCCCCCCCCCAAGUUUACGGCAGCAAAGUAUUACCGCCUUGCGGAGGAGAAUGGGAAUAAGACGCUGGGUAACACAUGGGGAACCUUUGGCAUGCCAUCGAAAAAUUCAUAUGAUGGAGCCUUUGUCAAGGUCCAGCUCCGAUCCAGAGGAGUUGAGCAAAUAACAGUGCGAGCUUACGAAGAAACGAGCCGACCUUCAAGCGACAUUGAUCUAGCAAUCAACGCUGGUCUUCAACAGGACGAAGCACUUUAUGCCAUUCCGUAUACCUGA